CUAUCAUCACGAAAACCAAAUCACCGGAAAACAAAAAUGGCAGCCGUCACCACUCAAGCAUCAGUCGCCGUUCUCCGGCCGAGAUUCCUUACCGGCGCCAAACUAAACAAGGAAGUCUCCGUUAGACUGACGUCAUCAAACGCCUCAAUUAGAUCGUUCAAGGUUGAAGCUAAGAAGGGUGAAUGGCUUCCCGGUUUAACCUCGCCGGCAUACCUCAAUGGCAGUCUGGCCGGUGACAAUGGGUUUGAUCCGUUGGCACUAGCAGAGGACCCAGAAAACCUAAAAUGGUUCGUACAGGCCGAGUUAGUAAACGGGCGAUGGGCGAUGUUAGGAGUGGCCGGAAUGUUACUUCCGGAGGUAUUCACAAACAUCGGAAUAAUCAACGUUCCGAAAUGGUACGAUGCAGGGAAGGAAGAAUACUUUGCAUCAUCGUCAACCCUGUUCGUGAUCGAGUUCAUAUUGUUUCAUUACGUUGAGAUCCGACGGUGGCAAGACAUAAAGAACCCGGGAAGCGUAAAUCAGGACCCUAUAUUCAAGAACUACAGUUUACCCCCAGGUGAAGUAGGAUACCCAGGUGGUAUAUUCAAUCCUCUCAACUUUGCUCCCACUUUGGAAGCCAAAGAGAAGGAAAUUGCAAACGGGAGAUUGGCUAUGUUGGCAUUCUUGGGAUUUGUGGUUCAACACAAUGUGACUGGGAAAGGGCCUUUUGACAAUCUGUUGCAGCAUCUUUCUGAUCCAUGGCAUAACACCAUUGUUCAAACUUUUAGUGGAAACUAAUUAAGAAAUUUGAGGAUUGUAAUUGUCUACAUUACAUUAUUAGGCUUUGUUUGUUUGUUUGUUGUUAAUGAGUGGGAUUCACUAUGAAUAAUUUCUCUCUAUUUUGUACAGGGAUACUAGUUCAAUUUAAUGAAAUCACACUUGUGUUCUUAA